AUGCCGUGGUGUUGUGUUUACGUAUUUCAAGCGCUGCCAGUUUUCGACACUCGUUCGCUCAGAGGAGCGGGUCUGUUUGAUUGAAAGGAGAGCGUUUCCUUCUGGAUUGCGAUCACCAGCCCGACGAGCGUUUGGUCGAGUUGUCGGAUACCGGAAGAGACGGAAGGGCGAUCAUGACUCUGGCUUGACUGGGAAAUGGGCAAGUCGGAGCAGGCCGAGGGACUGACAAGUCCACAUGCUGAAGCCAGCAAGUUGUUGGAGGCUGCGUUGCAACAAAUGGACGGCAUCAUUUCUGGAGUGGAACCCCUGGAGUCCGUGCUGGAGGGCCCGCAGCGGGGUGGCUGCGCUGGGGCGGGGUCGAGCGGCCAUGGCGGCGUCCACGGCGCCGGCCUCGGCGGCCACGCGGGGGUUGGCGGCGUCCGGGAGCUGUGCACGCGCCUCUGCGCCGUGGUGCAGCCCGCCCUGCUGGCCGGCCGGCCGCCGCCCCCGCCGCCCCAGGACACGCUGCACACCCUCAUCGCCUGGCUGCAGCCGCAGGCUGAUGAUGACUUGCCCCAAUUAGGCUGCGACUUUGAAGGCGGAUAUUGGAAAGUUUGA